UGCUGGGUUGGACCGAAGCCCCAGUCGUUUGCUAAAAAAUUGUGAAAGCUGCAGAGAAUCUUGAAGACCAGCUGUUCUUUAGGUAUAUGCUGCACCAGCAUUUUGAGCCUAAUUGAAUUGAAGAGUCCUGGGGAUUCUGCACAAGCGAGACUAAUGCUUUGGGCUUGCCCUCGUAUUUACUUUUGGCUAGGAAUUUAUUCUACUCGCAUGCACUGUUAAGACACCCACAUGGAGAAUGUCUUGCCGUCGCUUCCUCAAUUUUCAAUGACAUCCUUUCCCUGCUAUCUCUUUGAUACAAGCUGGUAUGUUAAGCUUUACUGUGUUAGGUGAUAUGGUGGAUACAACAUGCUGGUAUGGUAGAGCUUACUUUGUAAGGUGCUGUGAUAAUGGACUAUGGUUGAUACAAGCUGGUAUGGUGAGCUUGACCGUGUUAAGGUGCUGUGAUAAUGGACUAUGGUUGAUACAAGCUGGAAUGGUAGACAAUGGUUGAUACGGACUCAAUUUGGCUGGACUUCUGUUGUAGCUUCCGGAGGAUGCAGCUUUUUUGUUGAAACGAAAACCAUCUAUUUUGGAGCCUUAUUUUGUGGACUAGAUUUCACAAAGGAAGAAAACCCUAAAUCAGAUCACCUCAUUUCCAACAGAACUCGAAAAGGAUAUGGAUACGUCAAGCCCAGCUGUCUUUGUCAAUGGAGAGCUGUUAAAGCUGUAUGUAGGACGGCGAGUUCGGGCACUAGUGCAGGUUAUGCGAAAUGAAGGUGGAGCCAUGAUGGGGCAAUCGACAGAUGGCCAUCAAUUAACUAUAAGAGGCUCUCAGCCAUUGCCUAAGUCACAUUUUGUAGAGGUGAUUGGUAUUGCUGAUAACAGUCAAUCUAUCCGCGCCGAAAUAUGCACAGACUUUGGUGAAACAUGUGACAUCACUGCCUACAAUCGGGUCUGCCAAUUGGCGAAUGGUGAGUUCAAGAGCUUGUUCCUUUAGGAGAUGCUGCAGGGUUAGUUUAAGUAACAUGGGAUUAUGGCAUAAAUCAAUCGGCUUCCCUUUCUUAGAAGGGAAUGAAUUGGCUGAUCCAUCACCUUAUAUCAGUGAAUUUGGAGUACAUCUUUGUUGUUUCUGAAGGCAGGAAUUUUCAUGAUUUUGUUCAAGGUUUUGCAUUGCAUUUGGUGCUGUUUAGCUGCUACAUGGAUCCAAACUGGUUCUUUUUGUAUUUUUGCAUUGCAUUUGGUGCUGUUUAGCUGCUACAUGGAUCCAAAUUGGUUCCUUCUGUA